UGUAAGGAAUUGACAAACAAGGAGCGGUGCUCAGUAUAAAUACGUUAGUCGAGUUGGCAAUGCAUUAUUACUGCACAAACAGUUUGGAUAACGUUCACGGGCCCGCUGAACUUACCUGUUCAUCAUGUUCAGUUUCAUUGCGAUUGCUUGCUUGCUUGGUGUAGCAACGGCCGCUCCGUCCGACAUCGGGGCUUUGCCCAUCGCUACCGGCAGUAUUUCGAUCCCGCGUUACGGCUUCAACUAUGCGGUCAACGACCCCAUAACUGGUGACCAAAAGGCACAAACCGAGUCUCGCGACGGAGGCGUCGUGAAAGGCUCUUACUCCCUUACCGAACCCGACGGUACCUUGAGAGUGGUGGACUAUACCGCUGAUCCCGUUUCUGGCUUCAACGCGGUGGUGAAACGCGUUGGCCCUGCGGCUCACCCACAAACCUUGGUCUCUGCGCCUGUCGUCAGCAAACAGAUCGUGGCUCCUAUUGCCGCUGCGCCGAUAGCAGCUGCCCCUAUCGCUACCGGGGGUUACGCAACCAGCUUAGUCGGCCUCGGAGGACUAGGAUUGGGACUGGGAAGUGGUUUAGGCCUUGGGUUGGGCUCAGGCAUCGGCCACGCCGGAAUUGGCCUAGGCUCCGCGGACCUUGGCCUCGCUGGUGCCGGCAUCGGCUACGGCGGCCUCGGCUACGGCAUCGGAGGACUGGGCGGCCUCGGUGGAUGGAAGCACUAA